ACUGGAGGACAGGAGUUGAAUGACUUGCAAGAGGAGCUCUUGACACUCCUUUGGAUCCACAGCCAUCAGGUCUCACCCAGGAGCUGCAUCCCAGUGCCAGCAGCAGCAGAAGAGCUCUGGCAUCCCAGGAAGCACUGUGGGAGGCAGCAUAGCACAGAGAUCUAAAGGAGACUCAGUCUCAAUAACCAUUUUCUGAGCCAUCUGUUUGGUGCGGUACCAAGGACUACCCAAGUACCCAGACAAAGGGAUCUGAGAGAGUCGUGCACCUGCCACACACAGCAGCCCAGCCAUGAGUGAGACCCCAGCUGCCAAACUCAAUGCUACAGAUGUUCCAGCUGGUCCCACUACACCACGCAAGGGGCCUCCCAAGUUCAAGCAGAGGCAGACAAGGCAGUUCAAGAGCAAGCCUCCUAAAAAAGGAGUAAAAGGAUUUGGAGAUGACAUUCCAGGCAUGGAGGGACUGGGCACAGAUAUCACAGUGAUCUGCCCAUGGGAAGCUUUCAGCCAUCUGGAACUGCACGAGCUGGCCCAGUUUGGGAUCAUCUAAGGUGCCAGCAUCUCUGUGGGUGUCACCUGGUGACUCCACAGAUCCCAGCAUGGUCUUCAUCACCUUUGACACUUAUUUUUGGCCCUUAGAUCCAUCUCCUCUUGGGCGGAGUGGUUUUGUAAGAGCUAGUUAUGAGAAAGUCCUUUGCAGACUAAUUUGGCAAAGAAGUUACUCAGGACCCUGAACAGAUGUGAUGAAACUACUUAAAAAUGUCUUAAUGCCUCCCUGUACCAUAUCCUGUUUUCUCUCACUGACAUAGAUCUUUAUGUUUAUGGAGAUAAGGGGAGGAUGUAUUUGAACUUCUCUGGUUAACCUUUCCCUUGGUUAGCUGAGGUACUAUGUACAUGGUUGUGCAUGUCUGUCCAGACCUGAUUAUAUCGUCCCCAUUCUUUUUUCUUCCUUCCUUCCUUGACAGCUCUCUAUAUAAGGUUUCUGUAGGUAUGUCCCCAUGUUAUCCAGGCCACCAGUUAGUUGCUGACAGUCUACCUGUAGAGGACAGGAUGUGAGUCACUAGUCUGGAUACUAGUCUAUUUUUAUGUAGAAGGAGACCCUUUCCCAUGAGUUCACCAUAAGAAAUCUGCUGCUAAGAUUUACUUCAUCAGCAAGAGGGGAAAAAAGGCUUGCAGAUGCUGUCUCUGCUUUAUUGCCCACCAGCUAUGAGCCAUGAGACUCUGGCUGUUUUACUAAUGUUGAAUGAAAAUGUGCAUGUCUGAGAUCAAUAACUAAGUUAAUUAAUCCUACUAUUCAUUCCUUUUGUUCUCCUGAGUGGUUGCAAUUCUAAAGAAGUAGCACUCCACAUUGUGUUUCCUCUCCCCCAUGGAAGUCCCCUGUGUCACACCUGUACUGUCCUCAGACCCAUACAUAUUUACAUGAGCCAUUUACUCCCCAUUACAUGUUUGCUUGCUGGUUAAAAAGACAGAGAAUCAUUACAGUCUGUCAUCAGACAAUGCCAGUAGUCUCACCCCAUCUAGCAGAAGAUGGUAUUGCAUUAGUUGCUCCCUCUUCCCUGUAUUUAGCAUGGGGCAAGACUCCCUUAACAGCCCCCUCCCAUCAGCAAGAAGGUUUUUCUUUCUUCACCCUCUGGCAACUUCAAGCUCUGGAGUUUGCCUGGACAAAGCAGGGAGUGGUGAUUCCCCAGGGAGAGAUAACAGCAGAGCAGGUGGGGAGGCAGGGGGAGGUUAGGAUGUGUAUAUGCAGGUAAGCACAGAGUGAAUACAUUUAACCCUAUCGAUUUGUGUCUCCUGGUCACUAGCAGCCUGAGUGCUGGUGAGUGGGGAGGUACUCACAAUCGCUUCAAUGCUUGGGGAAGACACCAAGAUUCCCUGCUGCCUUGGCAUUAAGGAAGGGAUUUUGUUUCCUUUGGAGGCAAGGAGCAAGCUUUGUUGUAGCUACAUAAUAUUCAUAAGAGGAGAUGGCAUUUUUUAUCAUUGCCUCCAGCUUGACAAGCACCACUGCAUAAGAACUGCCUCCCCCCAGCUCAUUUUUCCUAUGCUGAACAUCAUCAUGGGAGCAAGGAGUGGUCGUGGAGAGGAGAGCAAAUCCUACCUAAAAGAUCAAUCCCCCACAAAUAAAUGAUUGCUAUAAAUCCAUGGCUGUGCUAUAGUUAUCUGCUACUGUUAUUCCAGAAAUAAAAGCAAGCAGUUUUCAUUUAAAAUACAGCUUCAGCACCAAAAACUAAAGGAAAUUCCUGUUGGCAGUCCAGAGUACAGCUUUUAUUAUUCAGCACUCUUGCCAACAGAAACAGCAGUAAAGCAACGAGCAGUUCAGAACCGCAGCACAAUCACAGUGCAGGAGUCAUGUACCACUUAGCUAAUUGCAGCACACAGCGACUUCCUUGGGCAGAGGCAGUCUGUGCUUUCCACUUGCUCCCAGCUUCUUCCACCUUUCUCACCUUUUCAGGCUUUUCUUCUUUCCCUAAAGUAUCCUUUAUGUAAAUGAUUUUAUGGUAGAUGAUUGAUUUCACUUUAUUUUCAAGCUCUCUCCUUCUGUGGUUAACUCUGAGUGUUCCUGUGUCAAUGCUCUUGUGUUUACCUCAUGUUACACCAUCUUGUAGCACAUGAUUCCUAUUCCACCUUCUCAGUCUGUCCUCUUCUCUCUGGGAAAAGACCCCUUGGAUCCAGUUUGGAUUCUGCAAGCUGGCUGCCUCUAUUAUGAUUGAGAUUCUCCUUUAUUAAGCAGGAGAACAAGAGGAGAAUCUUUGCAUUAGUCCUUUUGCUCCCUUCUCAUCCCAGGCCUUGGGAAAGCAGUCCUAAGACAGUGAGAUCCUCUGUUAGAAAAUACUGGAGUAAAAUCAAAGUUCUCCUUAGUCCAGGGACUGAAGCAUUUCAGCAAAUGGGAGGGUUCUGGUAUAAUUCCAUAUCUGAUUGCCAUAACCCAAGCUUCCAUCAGAGAACUAUUCCAUUCUCCUUCUUAGGUGAGUCCAACAGGAAUGUACACAUACUCCAGCUCCCAUGUCUGGAUGAUGAGCUGUGUCAGAAGAUGUUUUGAGUCAACACAGCUUGUUAGUUAUUUUAAAAAUAGUUUAUAGGGAUGUUAAAAAUAAUUAAUAGGUAUUACAUUCAUUCCUUUACUUGCAAGGAAUUUUGAGACUCAGAAAGAUAGUCUUAAAAUGUCCUCACAGCUGAUUUAUCUGAGCUUCUGGGUUUUUUCCAAUAGGCUAUAACCCUUGAAACCUCCAUUUUUAGAACAGUGAGAGAUGGCUAUGGUGCAAGAAAGCAAAUGUGUUAAAGUAGCUUGUUGAAGGGCCUCGGUCUAUAUACACUGUAAUCUGUUUUUCUUUGUUCUUUUACUAUAAAAACAAGUCAAAAGCAAUAAAAAUGAAUUUAAAAUAUUUUUAAAAUCCUAAGAAUGUAGUCUG